UUUUUCGCUUGGCAGCGAUGCGGCACAGCUCAACUGUUGAACCGACAUUUGGGGCGCGAAGAGACUGAUAGGAUUUGAGGAAGGAGACAUCGGCUCCGUUGUGGAUGAUGAUAUCCACUCUGUCAGCUAAUUCGGCUACUUCAACAUCUGAAAGCCCGAGGUUCGAAUUCUGGAGAUCGCCAUGCCAUAUUCGCAGUUUGGGGGAUGAGAAGCGAGAUAGCACGUGACCUUGUCCACUCGGCUGUUCGCGGAGAUGAUGACUCCGCACUGCAACUGCAUGGAUCUUGGCUACGGCUGGAUCUUCGAUCAGACUCCGCAGAAGAUGACUGCCGAGAAAUCCUGUAGAGCCAGUCAAAAGCACUUCCUUGGGGGCGUUGGCGGAAUCUUCGAUUGGCAUUCUUGCUCGAUCUAAGAAAUUUUGAAUUUCAGUCGCCCAGUCGAUGACCGUGGGCGAGGUCUUGCCAUUUGUUCGAUUGAUCUUCGCGGCCAUUUCACCAAGAAUACUUGCAGAGAAGAGAUCUGGUAGUCGAAUGGAGACCCCGAAAAUUUCAAAUAUCCGCUUUUUGAUCUCGAUGAGAAGUAACGAAUUUCCGCCAACUUGGAAAAAAUCCGAGUCUGGGGAGAUCUGAAACUCUGCUACGUUGCGGCUUUGUAGCUCGAGAACCUCAGUCCAUAUAUCGGCAAGCUUCUUUUCGGUCACAUCGAGAGCGCGAUGAUCUCCCUUGGCUUCGGAGGCUGUUGUGGCUGCUAUCUCAUGUAGCCGCUUUCGAUCCAGUUUUCCGUUGAUAUUGGUGGGCAUACGCUCUUGUGGGAUCAACGAAGCCGGCCUCAUGUAAAUGGGAAGAGGAAGAGAUUUGAGGAGACUCUGUAAAUAAGAGAUUGGAUCCUGGGGUUGUUGGCCUGGUGAGAAGGUCACAAAUGCAAUCAUGUGCUCAUGCCCCGCCGGCCCUUUGACAACGACUGCUGCUUGGUGAAGAGUCCCUUUGGAUGUCUCCAAUAUAACACCAGCUAUCUCCUCCAACUCGAUGCGAAUACCCCGAAGUUUCACUUGAGAAUCACCGUCUAUUCGACCCAGAAAUGUCAGACUGCCAUCAGGGAGCAGGCGCCCCUUGUCACCAGUCUUGUACAUUCGAGUCCAACCGUUUCUUUUAUAAUCGUCAUCGACAAAAGGGUUUUGUAAGAAUCGUUCCUCUGAUAACUUUGUGUUACCCAGGUAGCCGCACGCCACACCGACACCACCAAUGAAGACCUCGCCCGAAAAUCCAUGAGGAGCCGGACGGAAUUGUUCGUCGAGAACGUAAACACUGUAGUUGGAAUAAGGAGAACCAACUACUCCAUCGUCAUAUUCUAGGUCGGUGUCGGACUGCAUAUACGGAACUACGCAAGAGGUUGCUGCCAAUGCUACCUCUGUCGGGCCGUAGACGUUUAUCAAGGUUAAUCCACUCUUUUCCAACGCGCGGAAAUUCUGUUUCAACGAAGCAGUCAUUCGUUCACCACCGCAUACGGCAUACUUCCAGUCAUCGUACUUCUGGAGCCUUGCAGUACCGUGUCGCAAGAGCAUAAGCUUGGAAAGCUCAUCUGGAUCGCCGCGGAUAUCUUGUUUUGCAAUUACAAGAGUCCCGCCAGUCGUAAGCGCAAUGAAGGUUUGGUGAAGGGAGGUAUCGAAGCCCAGUGAGCUUUGCUGCAAAACACGUUCCUGGCCGAGGCUAUACUUUGCAUGGAAUGCUGUAAUCUGACCAAAGAAGUUUUCAUGGCUCAAUAUGACGCCUUUCGGCUUCCCUGUAGAGCCACUCGUAUACAACACGAAAGCAGGAUCUUCCGGUCUGCUUUCGAUGGCUGGAAUAUCAUGAGUUGCGGUGGCCGGUAAAUUAGCCGUGACAUUUACCAGGUGUGCAUUACAAUCGCUCACUAUACGGGUGAGAUGUUCGGUCGGAUCAUGAUAAAUCACAACACGGGGAUCGCAGUCGUGAACAAUCGACAAUAUUCUCUCUGGGGGAUUCCGAAUAUCCAAAGGAACGUAGAUGCACCCAAUUCUAGUGAUGGCAAGAAGGGCACAGACGGAAUCGAUGCUGGCUUCGCAAUACACAGCUACUCUAUCACCCCUACUAAGCUUGUGAGGAAGCAAGGAACUGGCGAUUGUGGAUACGCGUAGUAUGAGCUCAUGAUAUGUGAGCUCGUUCUCUGAGCUGUCCUUCAGAGCUACACCGCUUGGGUUGUCGAGAGCGACUUCAUCGAUCUUGUGUAGAAGGGUGUGUGGCCAAUCAGAAAGUGCGGUUUGUCCCUUUCCCACACUGACGUCACGCAUGCCUUGUCCGGCAUCAAACAGAGAAUAGUUGGUCCUCCGGGCAGUGGGGUCAUGGGUAACGGAGCGUACGACAUGGGUGUAACUCUGCAGAAACAGCUCUGCCUCUCGGGGGGUGUACAGCGCGCUCGAGGCAGUCAAUUCGACGUGGAAGUACGAAGCAUCGUAAGCUUCGCUAACCUUGAGAGACAAGCCAAGCAGUGAUUGGCGGGCGUCCAAGAGAUUGAUUGUGGGCGUCACAUUGCAGGAAACCAAAUGCGUGGCGUGAUUCUGCUCGAGCACUCGGUGAUCAAAAGAGGCGGGGAUGAAUUCCGUCCACUCCGCAGCUUUCCCAGGGGUUUGGGCAAGGAUGGCUGUCGAGUCAAUGCCUGCAUGCUUGGCGACUAGGAUCUGCUUGGCGAACACCUUUGUGAUGACAUCCUUGGCUGAUUCUUCCGUACGGGGCGUAAUUUUCAAAGGCAAGAAAGAGGUUCCCAGUUUCGCACGAGAGGGCUCUUCGUGUACGGCCAAAGCAAUGCAAAAAUCGUUCUCCGUAUCCAGUGUGCGCGAUAGCAAGAUGCUGAACGCACCGAGCAGAAAGGUGGAAGCGGGCACUCCCAACUCGAGACUAAGGUGACGGAUAUCACUACUCAACUCCUUUCCGAGGGUCGAGGUGACAGUAUGUCGAGGUGAAUCGGCGUUACCUCCCUUCGUGACGGAUCUGGCGAAGCUGCAAUGGGGCUGAUCAUGGACACUGGCUAAUUCAGCCUUCCAAAAUUGCGAAUCGGUUUCCGUGGUGUCUGGAGACUCUGAUGGGACCUUUGUAGGAAUGCCAUUCACCGAUAAAUACUCGGGGAGCUCCUCAGUUGGGGAGUCAUGCUUUUGAGUAUCCUUAAGGUUGGUAGGGCUGUGAUCGCCGGUGUCUCCUUUGUCGCAUGACUCCGUGCUGUGGCAUCGAUCGUUCCUGACUAGAGAUGCACGAUCUGUCAUCGAACAGUCGUUCUCAAUCCCGAUAGUCUGUGUCAUUGAGAAAGUGGUAGGAGCGUUUAACUUUUUGGUUCUUUGUUCCGAGUAAAGAUUAUCUUCAAGAAACAUGGACAUAUC